CGAGUCCACAGGUUAGUUGAGGUAAUCAACAUGCUGCCUUGUUGACAAUAUGAUCGAGCAUUUGAAAUGGCCGUUCAGUCUAAUCGAACUCCCUGAAUAUCCAGCAGGUGCGAGCGCUUAGUAAUUAGAAGGGGAAAAAGUCCGGAACUAAGGAUAUUUAUAGGGACAUGACCGACGGGGGAUGUUUACUUUCGACUGACAACCCGCUGCGUCAUGGUUCUUCCUGGGCUUCAGGUUUGGAGAUGGAUACUCUUUGCCUGCAUUCACUGGCUUUGUGUCUGUCAAGAGACUCCAAGACCGGUUUACAUGGUAGCCGUUCCUGCAGUGAUCCAGGCAGGCUCAGAGGCCAAGCUUUGUGCCAGCCUUCUGCAGCCCAACGAGACCCUGGUCAUGACCGUAUCUCUGAUGGCCGACGGGCAGAACAAGAGACUUCUCCACCAGAGUUCUGACCAAGAGUUUCACCGCUGUUUCCAGUUUCAGGCCCCUCGUGUGAAUAGCGACAAAGUGCAGAACUUUAAGGUGGAGGUUCGAGGAGAAACAUUCCUAUCAACAGAGGAGAGAAGGGUCAUGAUCAAACCCUACAGCCCCGUGACGUUCAUCCAAACGGACAAACCAAUCUACAACCCAGGACAAACGGUGCUUUUUAGAGUCGUCACCUUGGAUACCCAUUUUAGCCCCGUCAAUCAGCUGUACAACAUUGUGGAACUUGAGGAUGUUAAUCACAACCGGAUUGGACAGUGGGUCAACACUACAUCCAGUGGCAACAUUCUGCAGCUUUCUCACCCCCUGAACUCUGAAGCACCUGUAGGAUCCUAUACCAUUGUAGUGUGGAUUGGUGAAGAGAAAAUCUACCACAACUUCAAGGUAGAACAGUAUGUUUUGCCCAAGUUUGAGAUCAAAAUGAACCUCACUGACAAGAUCAGCGUUGUUCAAGAAGAGUAUGAAGUGAAAGUGUGUGCAGAAUACACGUAUGGGCAGCCUGUACCUGGUAAAGCAGGGGUCAAGUUGUGCCGACCUUUGGUGGACAAUGCAGUGAUACCAAUAACAAUUGAUGAGCGAAAUCCACAAGGAGUUCCUGAUUACACACCUCCAUGCCACAAAGAGUCAAUAGAGAUGGACCAUACUGGCUGUGCUUCUUGUGUCUUCAACAUGGCACUUUUCACAAAGAAUGCAGGAGAGAAAUUGCUGGGAGACGUGUUUAGUGUCCAUGCAGAAGUACAGGAGGAGGGGACAGGUAUUACACUGUCUGAGGAAAAAAAUGUAGAGCUCUCCUAUGUGAUUGGAGAAUUCACAUUUGUUGACACGCCCCAAAUCUAUGAGCAUGGAUCAAUUAUCGAAGGCAAGAUAAAUGCUGUUCGAUAUAACAACACACCCAUCUCUGACAUGUUAGUCUACCUGUUCGAGGAGAAAGGCUGGUCCUCAUAUCUACGACUACAGAACCUAACCACGGACAGUCGUGGUAUUGCCAGGUUCUCCGUCAACACAACCAGUCUGCCCAAAGAGAAUAUUAACCUCGUAGUGAGCGACACCCCACAAGUGGAGUACCCAGGAUACAGGGUCCCCUAUUUCAACAGAGGGCAACACCUACUCUCGCUGAUCCAGCCCGCUGCCCCUGACAUUAAACCGUCCAGCUCCCUGGCUAUUCAGAAGGUGGAGAAACCACUGGCGUGUGGGCAGGCGGUGUCGAUCACCAUCCGCUAUGCCAUCGUAGGGGAGACUGUCCCAAAGGGCUCUGUGGCUGUCCUCUACCUGGCCUUGUCCAGAGGGGUCAUAGUUCAGCAUGGACACAUCAAUGUUACUGUGCAGCAGGACAGUCCUGUAGCUGAGGGUGACGUCACCUUGACGUUGGCAGUGGUCCCAGAGAUGGCGCCGGUGGUUCAGCUCCUGGUGUACAGUAUGCUACCCAGUGAGACUGUCAUCGCCCACAGCAUGAACUUCCCCACUGAGAAAUGCUUCAGGAACAAGGUGUUGGUGGAGUUCUCUCCCUCCAACGCUGUCCCAGGGGAGGAGAACACCCUGCAUCUCUCGGCCCGGCCCGGUUCCCUCUGUGGCCUCAGUGCUGUUGACCAGAGUGUUGGCAUCAUGGAGCCAGGGAAGAGGCUGGAUGCUGACAAGAUAUUUGAUUUGUUACCGGUCAAGGAAAUGACCUAUAUUCCCUACGAGCUUGAAGAUCCAGUAGCAUGUUUACGCGUUCGACCAAGGAGAUCCAUAAUACCACACCCAUAUGGACCGUCUGAGCAGACAAAUGAUCCUUAUGCAGUUUUUCAGACACUGGGAUUGAAGCUAGCGACUAACCUGGAUAUAAGAGUACCUUCCUGCCUCAGUUACCAGGGGAACCAGUACUAUCGCUCCUAUGUAGCUUACAGCCUAAUGGCUAGGCCUGGAUCGGCUAGGCCUGGAUCAGCGGGUCCUAGACUUGAAAUGGCUGUGGCUGGUGGACUUGCCGCUCCACCUCCGCCACCCAUACAGACGGUCCGUACAUUCUUCCCUGAGACAUGGAUUUGGGACCUUGUGGAAGUUGGGGAGUCUGGAUCUUUAGAUGUCCCCCUGACAGUCCCAGACACCAUCACCACCUGGGAGACUGAGGUCUUCUGCCUGGCCCCCAGUGGCUUCGGUCUGGCUCCUCUGGUGGAGCUCACGGUCUUCCAGCCCUUCUUCCUGGAGCUCACCCUGCCCUACUCAGUCAUCCGGGGAGAGCACUUUGAGCUGAAGGCCACUGUGUUUAACUACCUCUCCAAGUGCAUCAUGGUUUCUGUGACUCCAGCUCUUUCCUCGGACUACACUCUCACACCCUUGCGUGAUGUCCAGGACUCCUCGUGCUUGUGUGCCAAUGGACGAAAGACCUUCAGUUGGACAAUGGCCCCCUCUGUCCUGGGGGUUUUGAACGUGUCUGUUAGUGCGGAGGCUGUCCGGUCCCAGACUGCGUGUGACAAUGGGGUUGUGAACGUACCGGAGAGAGGACGCGUUGACACAGUCACACGGAGCCUGCUGGUGAAGGCUGAGGGAACAGAGAAGAGCCACACCUACAACUGGUUGCUGUGUCCUACUGGAGAAGCUCUGACGGAGGAGGUGGAACUGCAACUUCCCCAGAAUGUGGUGGAUGGCUCUGCUAGGAUUUCCCUCUCAGUUCUGGGGGACAUCCUGGGUCGGGCCCUCAACAACCUGGAUGGACUGUUGCAGAUGCCGUAUGGGUGUGGGGAGCAGAAUAUGGCCCUGCUCUCCCCCAAUAUCUACAUCCUGGAGUACCUGAGGAACACAGAGCAGCUCACGCCAGCCAUCCUAGAAAAGGCCACCAAGUUCCUCACUAGUGGUUACCAAAGGCAGCUGAACUACAAGAAUGCCGAUGGUGCGUACAGCACGUUUGGACAAGGCUUGGGGAACACCUGGCUGACUGCUUUUGUCUUGAGAUCCUUCGGCAAAGCCCAGUCUUUCAUCUAUGUUGACCCGGCAACGAUGGAGCAAUCCAAGACUUGGUUGGACCGUCAACAAGGCCAACAUGGCUGUUUCAGAACUUUAGGGAAGCUCUUGAACAACCGAAUGAAGGGUGGAGUGACGGAUGAAGUCACACUGACGGCUUACAUCACUGCUUCAAUGCUGGAGCUCAACAUGUCCGUGACGGUAAGUAGCUUCACUCCGUGGAACCAUUUCUCACACCGUCAUUACAGGCAACUCAUUCAGCCUCCUGUAUGAAAUCUGUCUUACAUC